GUCUAGUACCACGAUGUGUAGGCCCUGGGCACUUCCCAGUAUCUCUAACCGAUGCUGCUAACUCAAAUAUGUAGCCUAACUAGACGUUAUACCGUUUUUGCAUCACACCUUGUACGGAAUCGCUACUUUUCUAUAUACACCGACACACUGCCUCAAGCUUUGAAAUCGGGGGCACUUACAUAUUACGACGUGCUACAAAUACCAUACAACGCCAAGACCAAGGAUAUCAAGCAGGCGUACCUCCGCUUGGUGAAGAUACAUCACCCGGACGCCAGCAUAAAACCCUGCAGCCAGGAUGUGUUCAUAUGUAUCAAGGAGGCCCAUGAUGUGCUGAGCGACCCCGGUAAACGUAGGGAAUACGACCGUGGCUUGGCCACUACCCGGAGUGACCAGGGUGUAACUCCGUUAAGGAAGCCUCUAUCAAGCCGGGGUGUUGGCUACCAAUAUUCUGCGGUUGAGGAUACAGAGCGCUUUGAGCGCUAUCGCAGAUACAUCAAUGGCGAGCGUAUUGACAGGGAUGAAGAUAGGUACCAAACUUCGAAAACCUUGCUGGCAAUCGCAGUUUCAUUUGCCACAAUCCUGGGCGUUACCAUCUUCGCUGAAGAGUUCUUCAACAGGUUUAAAAAUGUAGGCACUGAGGAUGAUGAUUACGUGAUCCAUCAAGGACACGAUCGCAAGGUGAAGGCGUACUACAAUCCAGUGACUGAAAACUGGGAGCGUGUGAUAGAUCCCUUUAUUCCACCCCCUCUCAAAGCUUUUAUCGAUCACUAUCUAGAAUUAGACGAAGAUUGGGAGGAAAGUGAGUUGCAGCGCAUGUUACCUAGACGCGAGUUUGUAAUCCUUGAACUACCUUUCAACCGUACACAUCGACCCACAUUGCUGUGGGAUACGCGCUCAAGCCAAUUAGUUGUGUUCAGGGAGUGAUCAGGCCCUCAAUGUGAUAUGAGGAAGUCUUCUGGACCUAGGAUUCACUCGCUUGUUAACUUGUUCCUCUAUGGAGUUACCUGAUACGUAGGUAUACGUUGUAGCUUCGUUUGUGUUGGCUUUUUCGCCACUACUGCCAUCCGUAGGCACGGUACUACCGUGACCCUUGCCGCUUAUUCUAUAGAACGGUGGUAUCAUGGCUUGAUAUUCGGGUCCAACGCGUAUUUUGCCGUUAACCGACUGCAUCCACUGUCUCUUGGUGACUUUUUCCAUGGUAUAAACCCUUAAUGACGCUUGUCACCAGUAUUGGUUAAUAAAUCCUGAAGCAACUGGGCUUGUUGCUUGGAUCUAGUUAAUUGAUAUAUUAAGGGUCUAGUAUGUGUAAGGAUAU